AUGCCAGCUAGUGGUCCCAUUGCCCCUUACGCCUUCACGUCCACACCGCAGUUGGCCACCAGCAAUCUCAACGCCAAUCCCAAUGCUCGCCCAUUCGCUCUAAAUACCGGGCGCUCGAUUUCUUCCCCAAAAGCCCCUCAGCCAAUUCCGUCACCUUCCUCGCAACCUUCCUCUCCGAAUAGUUCUACACAUGUCGAUGCUGGAAAUCGUCCUCUGUCGCUGGGACUACCCCCUAUACCCUCUGGCUCUUUCAUGGGUCCUCCAUCGACAACUGCGCCGAAACCUUCGCCAGAUCGUUAUCGAAGAAAUGUGCGACGAAGUGACCCAGAGAACGGAUCAAACCGUAUUCCUGCAGGCUCUACUCUGCCAUCGGGCUCUGGAAUGGCGGCAGUCGGCUCUCUUUACAAUCAUCCUACUCAGUCCAAUAGUACACCGUCUCUGCAUUCCCAGCAGUCUUACCGAAGCUCACAGCAAGGCACUAGUCUUCAGCCUAAGAGCUCCAGUGCUGAUGAUCUCCAAUUGGUUCGGCCCCAGCCCGCAGAGCUGGCUGCAAGGUAUCGGAGACGUAGUUUCGGCAGCAUCGAGACGGCAGGUCUGAACCAUGCUUCUGAUAACCAAGAAACCGUCUCUCCUCACCCAAAGGCGUUCCUCGAUUCGUCCCCUGGUCAAGGAGGUGCUUUACUCCCGCCUCAGCGACCCAGUCAUCACAGACACACCUCGAGUUCUGACAGCGUGACAUCCUCGGUGUCUGCUCGUUCCUCCCGACCCGGUUCCUCUCGAGCAGAACAGCCAUCCGUGGCCACCCCUCCUGGCCCCGUUUCCUCCUCUUCCUCCCCUAGGCAAGAAUCGAGACCUGCUGGACCGCCUCGUCUUGGAGAUUCGAGCAUUCGCCAGCCAUCUCCAUUAUCCCGACCUGUAAACAUUCCCCCUGACAACGCCGACGAAGGACGUCCAGCGGCUGCAACCUCAAUUGCUUCACCAGCGUACGCUCCACAUAGCCUUGCUGUCGAACAACUCGCUGCAGUAAACAAUAAGGAAAUGAAGAAGCCCAAGUCGAAAUUGCGGAGGGCAUUUUCGUUUGGUAGCGCGGCAGAACUUAGAAAGGCAACUGCACAGCACAAUCUUGAGAAGAGUGUUGCAAACAAUCAGACACAAUCCAAGAGAAAUUCGAGAUACCAGGAUGAGCUGGAGCCUGAACAAGCGCGUAUUGCUGAAAAGCAAGAAGCCGCUGGACUGGGUGAAAGCAUUUAUUCUGGUCAGGGCAACUUCUUUACUGGUUCGACUGACAAUUUGUCCAUCUCUUCGACUGCUUCUUCGGCUUCGGUUAUGCUCCGUAAAAUGGGGAGGGGAGUCAAGAAGGGCACUCGAUCUCUCGUGGGCUUGUUCCGGCCAAAAUCUGUUGUGGGUGUACCUGCAGCCGAUGCGCCAGUCAACUCAGCGACGAUAGCCCAGGUGUCAAUGGUCACAGUCGAAGCAGAGAGAGAGAAUGUCAACGUCAACGCGAAUCCUCACGAGCAGGCUAGAGGAGGUACUGGCUUCCCCAAACUGGAGCGCAAUUCCAUCGAUACCAAACUUUCCUUUGAUAGUGGUACCGUAUCCAGUGAUACACGAUCACGGCGAAGCAUUGUUGGUGGAGAGAAAGAGCGUGCUGAGGUCCUAGCCGCUGUAAAGAAAGGCAUCCUCAAGCGGACGGAUUCAAAUCAACCAUCCCCGAAGGUCAAGCCACAGGACUUGAAGGCUCCCGAUUUCAACUUGCCGCAAAUUCCUCAUAUGAACGACUCACCUAAAUCCAGUGCUCCUAGCACACCUGCCGACGAACCACCACGAUCCGGUCAUCGUCGAACCGACUCCAUCACCAUUGAAAGCAGCGACCAUGACGACUAUUUUUCUUCCAUGACUAGACUUGGCAGCUUAGACUCGAAGAAUACACCAGUGACCCCGCAGGGUCUAAUUCGCAACAUUUCAUUCAGCCCACGAAUUCAGUUUUAUGAUACCUGGCCUAGUGGAGAAUACGAUCGACGGGGUGAGAUAGCAACUUGCAAUCGAUUGACUCCAAUGCUAGCACAGCAAAUCAAAGAGGAGCUCAAUACCUUCAAGAUGGAAAUGGAGGUUCACGAGUCAUCCAAAGUCUACACGCAUUUCUUUUAG